AUGGGGCCCCCAACCCAGGGCAUGGGGGGACGGAGGAGGCUGCAGGAUGUCUGGGGAGGGGAAGGAGCCCCCAGCGGGACCCCCACCCUCGUGGUUGUCACCAGCCUCGUGGUGACCCCAGUGCUGCUCCCAGCAGUGGGAGCCCUGCAGGUGAGCCAGGAGCCGGCCGAGCUGCGGGUGGCAGCGGGCACCAACGUGUCCCUGCGGUGCCAGCUGGUGACAACGGAGCCGUGGUCCAUGGCCCGCAUCGCAUGGCUGAAGGACGGGGAGCACGAUGUGCUGUGCACCACCCGCCUGUAUCCCAAAGCCGCUGUCUUGCCCUGUGCCACCCCCCGCCUCCAGCUCGCAUGGAGCCCACCCCACGCCAAGCUCAGCCUCCAUGGGGCACAGCAGGGCGACGCAGGAUGCUACGUCUGCUGCUUCACCAUUGAGAAGCCCUACCUCGCCGUGGCCACCUGCAAGCAGCAUGUGAAUGGCACGCUGCUCCAUGUCAGCACAGGAGCUGAUGGAGCGCAUGGGGCAGGUAUGUGUGUCCCCAGCGACCCCCAUUCCCCCCCCCCGGGUGCUGGUGGCAGUGAGGCAGCAGCCCAGCUGGCUGUGCUUGCAGAGCUGAAGCAGAAGCUGUGGGGGGCUGUGGGGGGCGCCUUGCUGCUCGUCGGGCUGAUCUCCCUCGGCUGCUGGUGCUGCAGGAGGAAGGCAGACACCUCAAACAUCUACGUGAACAUUGUGCCCUGCCGGACCCCGAGGAACAAGAGCCCCCAGGGAGCAGCUGCUGGAGGACAGUGCAUACAAGGGGGGCUGGACCGAGCGUGGAAGCCCCCCAGCCCUAAGGGGUGA